GCCACCUAGUACCAACGAAAAAAAGGGAGGGCGGCCCGAGGAUAGAGAGAGAAGGGGAGAGAGAGAGAGAGAAGGAGAGAGAGAAUAGUCAAAAUUGGGGGAUGGAUGGCGGUGGCAGUGAGAGGUCGGCAGGAGUAGGAGUACAUCCGGGAGUGGUACCGUUAUCAUACUUGCUGGGGACAUGGAGAGGGCAAGGCGAGGGUGGUUUUCCAACCAUCUCCACCUUUCAAUACGGCGAAGAACUCCACUUUUCUCAUCCCGGCAACAAGCCUGUGAUCGCAUAUUCUCAAAAGACUUGGAAACUAAACUCGGGAGAGCCUAUGCAUGCUGAGGCCGGUUACUGGCGUCCCAAACCUGACGGCACCCUUGAAGUUGUUAUCUCUCAAAGCACUGGUCUUCUUGAACUUCAGAAAGGAACAUAUAAUGCACAAGACAAAGUGGUGAAGCUUUAUAGUGAACUUGUGGCCAAUGCUUCUAAGGUGAGAGAGAUAUCUCGAGUUUUUAAGUUGGUCAAUGGAGAACUGUCUUAUGUGGUUGAAAUGGCAACUAGUCUUACUAGUCUUCAACCACAUUUGAAAGCCUCACUCAAGAAACUCUGAUGCAUUCAUCUCCAGGCCAUGAUGGGAAAGAUUAUGAGGCAUAAACUGGACGCAUUCACUUGAUUCAUGUUUUGACUAGUGCUAUACUUGGAGCAGGUUUUCUUAUGCUUUGUUAUAUUGAUUAUCUUGUACCUAUCACAAGCUUAGAUACGUGUUGGAUGAUCAAUGGACAUUAAAAUGUAUUUUGGGUUAACAAACAUUUGUCCUUGAAUUGCAUAACUGUGACACGUUUCUGCAAAUAAUGUAUUUUGAUAUAGUAAUUAGUCUUGAUCAGAUUAAUAA